AUGCAGCUGUCACUCUCUGUCAUCGUCGCCGCUCUAGCUGUGAGCGUCUCUGCCGCCCCUGCCCAGGACGUCGAGAAGCGUGCCAUCACCUCUGGCACCAACGAUGGUUCCAUCUUCCAGUUUGGCGACGCUUCGCGCUGCCGCAAAAUCUUUUACGACUCGGGCGCCUGUGGUCUAAGCACCUACUUCAAGGGCAAAGUUCCUUCCAACAUGCCCCUCGUCGCUGUUCCCUCCCACGUCUUUGACAAGUUCGGCCAGGCUCAGGACAACAAGCUCUGCGCCAAGACAAUCACCAUGACCUACAAGGGUGUGACUCGCAAGGCAAUCGUCGCUGACGAGAAUACCAGCAACGAGCAAUCGAUUGAUAUGUGUCUGAAUGACUGGAAGGCUUUUGGCGGAAAGGAUGGCGACGGCACGCUCCGUCGCGGCAUCAAGUGGACCAUCGGUUGA